UAUAACGCGGUUCAUUCGAUUUUACGAGCGAAUUUUAUUGAAAAUAAUUAAAAAUAUACUCUUAUGUUAUGAAUUUUUAUUUGUGAUUUAAUGAAACGUUUUAUUUUCAAUCAAUAUUUCAGCUCUAAAGUGUUUUUGUAGUUCAUAAUCGGUUGUAUUCUUUAAAUGUCAGUGCUCAUAACCUUGUAUAAGGAAAUUAUAUUUCACUUAAUAAUUGGAUAAGCUGCAAAAUUAACUCGAAAGGCCGAAGCUAAUAAUGCUUAACUCCAGCUUAAGAAGCUACAAGAUUAUAAAUAUAAAAACUUUUUUGUUAAAAAGUAAAACGAACCAAUAUUCGAAUGGUCCCAUAAAUAUAACGUCAUGCCUGUGUGGAAGUUCUUAUUUAAAAAACCAAAGAAACUCAGAUAGAGUUCAUUUAAAACAUUUUAGAGUGCAUUCGACACAAACCGAUCAACAUAGACAGAAAGUUGUUAUCGAAACGUCAACUCCUAAGAUAGUGAUAAACAAAAUUAAGGAUAAAGUGUUGCCAGAUGAGAAAGACGUUGAAGCGAAUUUAAGACUUGCAUGGAGAGAGAAAAUAAAUCCCUAUAUAAAGUUAGCUAGAUGGGAUCGACCAAUUGGUGUAUAUCUUCUAUACUGGCCAUGUUCCUGGUCAAUAGCCUUGGGUUCCUUAUCCGGUACAGUUCCUUUGAGCACGAGCUUGGAGAUGGCAGGUCUAUUUCUUGUUGGUGCUGGUUUAAUGAGAGGAGCUGGGUGUACCAUUAAUGAUUUAUGGGACAAAGAUGUGGAUGCACAGGUGGAAAGAACGAAGGAUAGACCGCUGGUUUCCGGAGCGUUAUCAAAUAAACAGGCUGUGGGCUUCCUAGCGCUACAGUUGAGCUUAGCUCUUGGUGUGCUGCUACAAUUGAAUUGUUACAGCGUGGCGUUGGGAGCUGCGAGCAUGAUUCUAGUCAUAACCUACCCGUUAGCUAAGCGUUUUACGAAUUACCCCCAAAUCUUCUUGGGGGCAACAUUCAACUGGGGGGCCUUGCUCGGCUAUUCGGCUAUCACCGGCUACAUCCAGCCAGAUGUGUGCAUACCCUUAUAUAUAUCAGCUCUGGCCUGGACUGUGUUAUAUGAUACGAUAUAUGCGCAUCAGGACAAACACGACGACGCCCGGCUGGGUAUAAAGUCGACGGCGCUGACGUUCGGCGCGCACACGAAGAGCGCGCUGGGCGGCGCGCUGGCGGCCAGCCUGGGCGCGCUGGCGCUGGCCGGGCUCGGCGCCGGCCUGGGCGCGCCCUACUACGGCGCGCUGGCCGCCUACGCGGGCCACGCGGGCAGGCAGAUUUACACCUUAAAUCCUGAUAAUGCGGAUGAUUGCGCGAAGAAAUUUAAAUCGAAUUCAAUGGUGGGUUUGAUCAUACUUCUAGGUAUAUUAGGGGGGGGUUACCAUCAAUACGUGGAUAACAGGGAGAGGAAUCGAGGCAAGGAAGACCUCAGUGUUACUAAAAGCUGUUUCUUUAGUUCGUAAGUUUUCAAUGGUGUUAUAAUGUUGCCAGUAGUUAAAAUAAUAGCGAUCAUCAAGACAGGGUUUAAAAUAUGGCUGCCUUCCGCUAUAUUACAUCUAGAUAUAUGCGAAUAUCUAAUUAAUUCAAUCAAGUUAAAAAAUUAAGAUAGAUGGUCCGUUUUAAUUCAAUUAUUUUAUGGCAUAAUAUUUUUUUUUAUUAUGGCAUUGCGUCUAAAUAACUUAUAAUAUAGAAAAAAAUCCAAACGCACAUAUAGCUUGAGUAUAUUUUCGGAUAAACGUGUCAAAAACUGUUUGCUCAGGUAAACGCUUUGCACAGUUAAACGCGUUCACUUUGUUGUAUGGUAUUGAUUUCAUUAAAAUUGUAAAUAUUAAAAAAAAAAUUACAGCAUGUUAUCGUACAUUGAAAUCAAUUUCACUCCAAUUUUCAAAUUUGUUAAAAUAAACAAGUAAACGCUUACUUAGUCGCGUUGUAAUUGAGUAAAAUAGUAAUCAAUUGCGUUUUAUUCUAAUGUUGUUAUACAACUUUUGUUGUUUUUAAUGGAUUUAUACAUAUAUAUGAACGUGUGUUCAAACUCGGGCAAGCACCUCUGAAUUUUCUUCAUGUGCUUAAUUUCUGUUUAUAAUUCAUCUCGUGCUUUUCGGUGAAGGAAAACAUCGUGAGGAAACCUACAUGUGUCUAAUUUCAUCGAAAUUCUGCUACACGUGUAUUCCACCAACUCACUUUGGAGCAGCGUGGUGGAACAAGCUCCAAACCUUCUCCUCAAAAAGGGAGAGGAGGCCUUAGCCCAGCAGUGGGAUUUUCACAGGCUGUUACUGUACUAAGAGUUUGUAAAUAUUUAUAUGUAGAAUAUUUAUAGAAUAGACGCUGCGUAUAGCGAGUUAUAGUCGAAUUUAUGGAGGGUUGAAUUGGGGUGUUAAUACAAAAGGGGGUAAGAUGACGUGCGUGACCGUUGGGGUCGUACACGUAUUGCAUUUUAUUAUAUAAUAUGUAUGCGGACAGGUAAAUGCGCCGCCUAAUGCUUAGUGGUCACCAUCGCCCAUUGAUGUAAGAAAUAUUAACCAAUACUUACAACGCCAUUGCGCCACCAAUCUUGGUGAGUAAGGUGUUAUGUAUUUCGUGCGUGUAGUGAACUGGCUCACUCACCCUCCAAAUUGGAACACACGGCGGUAGAAUAUGGGAUGAGAGGCUUUUACACAAAGCCAUGAAAAGUUGCCGGGUUAAAAUUCUGUCAUCGUCAUAAUCAAGGGCAAUAUAAAAUAAGGUUUUAAAUAAUCCUAUAGUCGAAUCCUAGUUCAUUAACCAUUUGUUAUCUAUAUAUAAAAAAAAAACUGACAAACUGACUGUCAAAUCAAUGGACAGCCCAAGCUACUGCGGCUGGCGACAUGAAAAUUUGCAUACGGGUUCCUUUUACGCAGUAGGUUAGGUUAGGUCACAGAAAGAGAGAAAACAUUUUUUAACUAAACAGUCGCUAAGCAAAGUAUAUAAGUAAGGCCGUGAAUGAUUGUUUAAAAUAACGUUUGCAAUAGCUUGUGGAUUUAAUUCACAAUAACCAAAGAUUUAUUUAUAAACGGCAAUAUGUGAAACCGAUAUGUGUUUAUGGACUAAAGUCCACGUGAGGAGAUGCGGGUAGUAAAAUAAUUAUUACCGAAACGGUGAAAAUAAUUUAUAAUAAAUAUGACGACCGUCGACGGCACUUGCUCAAUAAUGCGCAAAAUAUGCGCGAGUAUGAGCAAACAUUGCACAUGAUUAUGGGUUUAAGUCACUGAGAUGCGGGAAUUCAUUAAUUACUAUCUCGAUGUAGUUAAUUGAUGAGAAAUAAGUGAAACUGCUAUGUGGGCUGGGAUUUUAUACAUGAAAUUCUCUGAACACAUUGCACAUGGUGUAAUUAUCGAUUAUAUAGUUAUAUAUAGUUUGCUCAAACAUUGUAUCACGUAUCCUCCACUAAAUCAAACGUGACCUUGUAAUUCACUGUGUUUGCGUUAUUCUCUGGCGACUCUUCCUCUAGGAAGCCCCAACAUUUUCGAUGACGUCAUCUAUUAUCGACGUUUUUCGUACUUUGGGAAUAAGACGGACUCGUGUGCCGUGACGACGAACGUCAUGCUUUCUUCACUCUUGUGUGUGUGUACGUAUACUAUAUUAUUGUUUCCCCGUGUGAGUGUGUACGAAUAAAAUUCGUAUAUUAUUCAUAUUUAUUUAACGGUUUCUAUUAAUUAUUAAUUUAAUCAAUUAUAAAUCUGAAUGUUUCUUGAAUGUGCUUGGUCUAACCAGAGACGGCUACGUUUUUCAUAUAGGCACUUUGACAUUUGAGACAUUUUAUAAUAGGAAGGCGGACGACCAUAUGGGCCACCUGAUGGUAAGUGGUCACCAACGCCAUUAGACAUUGGCAUUGUAAGAAAUGUCAACCAUCGCUUACAAAGCCAAUGCGCCACCAACCUUGACCUAAGAUGUUAUGUCCCUUGUGCCAGUAUUCAACUGGCUCACUCACCCUUCAAACCGGAACACAACAAUACCAAGUACUGCUGUUUUGCGGUAGAAUAUCUGAUGAGUAGGCGGUACCUACCCAGAGAGAUAUUUGGCGUUUGCAAAAAGCCCUACCACCAGUAACAGUUAUAAUAAAUUUUAAAAUUAAGUUAAAUAGUUGUGCACUAUAGUAUGUCGUCUGCAGUUGGCUAGUCUCGUUGAGACAGGCAGCCUUGACCGAAAUCGGACAGGUCAUUAUUAGUAUAGUUAGAAGAUGCAGCUUAACAAGAUACCUCGCGCUGAUGACGUAAUAGACGCAACGGUAACUAAUAUGCUAUCGCUACUGACCGCAAAACAGAUGCGGGUAACACGCGGGAUAGUGGGACGGGGUCGCAUUUCAGCGAGGUGUCUAGUUAAGUAGCAAGUGUUAUGAGAACUUAAAUAAAUUUGUUUUUAUAAAAAAAAAUGAAUUUGUGUAAGAGUAUAACUUUCCUUUUUUUUCGAAUUGAGUGUAGCUGUUGGCCUUAAUAGCAUCUACAGCGUCACUGGGCAGGAGGGCAAGUCUUAAAACACUCUAACCAGAUGUUUGGAGUCUACUUAAGGGCUUGCGCGCGUCCUAAGGGUGCCACCUGUGAGGCUGGACCUCGACUUAGGACCUAAUCGACUUACCAAAUGACACGCGCAAUAAGAGACCCCGACCCCUCCGGCGGGAAAGGAUAUCCUGAUAAAUAUUUAAUAUAAUAGAGGCAUAUGCGUAAAAGUAAUUUGGCCAUCAAUUAGAUAUUUAAGCCAUACAACUCUAUAUAUUAUAAAAUAAAGUCCCCCGCCGCGGCUGAUUUUCAUACGGUUUUCAGCAAUGUACGUAGCGAUUCACGAGGAAUGUUCAAGUGUAUAACUCAUUAAGGUUGAAAAUUGGUUGAAAUAUAACGAUGUUUGUUGAAUGUGUCGGAAAAGACAUAUCAGCUGGGCAUUACGUGUUUUAUAUUUGUAUGACCCUAGCCAACGUAGGUAAUCUCUCUUGAGAUUGGACGCUGUGGCCGAAAUUGGCCUGAAGGACAUUAUUGUAUGACCCUUAUUAGCUAGUAUAAUAUAUAAAGUAUGACCUGACCAGGCUUGGGUUAAAUGUAGUCAAAUUAGUAAUUAAUUAACGAUUAUGAUUGCACCGUGUAAUCAUCACUCACGAUUACAAUUUAACAAAAGUAAUCAAAAGAAAAGUGAUUACAUUUUGUCCAAGUCUGGAUAUGACCAACUAAUAUAUGUGUAACAAUGACACAGACAUUUGGGGUUAAAACUUUCAUAUUAUCUAUUUCUUCUCAAUAAAAUGCGUACGCAAAAUAUGCGCGAGAUUGAGCAAAACAUUGUAUACACGUAACUUCCAUUUUUAUUAUCUGUGGUGUUUGCAGUGUUAGAGGAUAGUGAGUGUAAUUAUUUUUUUAAAUUGUGUAUACGGUUAAAAAAAGCGGGUGAACAUUUCCUGCUAAAACCUGGCAUCCCGAAGUAUACAAUAAAAAACGGAAUUUAGAUCGAAAUUAUCGUGCAAAAUGUUCGCUUAAAUGUGUAAAAAACAAUGUAAUUGUAUAACAAGGAGCUUGUGAAUACGAAACAAAUAAGGUUUUAUAUAAAAAAAAUUCAUAAGUUAAAUAAAAUGUACAAGGCUGUUGAAAUAAAUUGUGUAAGUAUAUAUAUGUACUAAGUAUAGUGUUUGUUAAAAUCGUUUCUGAAAUAAACAUUCUUGCCAUA